CCAAAUAAAUUGUUUGCAACUCAACUCAACUCAACUCAACUCAACUCAAAUUCCAAUGCUCAAAUACUGCUUCCGCAAUCUCUUUCUCUCUCCUCGUCGUCUCCGGCGGUGCAUCCACUGGUCAGCCACCCACGAAACCAAGCUCACUUCACCGGAGUUACUCUCCCGCCUAUGCCGCCUCCUGAUCCUCCGCCGCUUCGACACUGCCGCCAAGCUCCCCAUCAAGUUUUCCGACGACAUUAUCAUCGGCAUCCUCCAUAACCUCCGCUUAAACCCUGAUGCUUGUCUUGGGUUUUUCAGGUUAGCCCACAAUCACCAGAAAUAUCGCCCUAGUUUUAAAUGUUAUUGUAGAAUUGUGCACAUUUUGUCAAGGGCAAGGUUGUUUGAUGAAACUAGGCUUUAUUUGAAUGAACUUGUUGAUACUUGUGCAAAUACCCAGUUGCCAAUUUGUGUUGUUUGGAGUGAAUUGGUUAGGGUUUAUAGAGAAUUUAGUUUUUCUCCUACUGUUUUUGAUAUGAUUUUGAAGGUGUUUGCUGAAAAGGGGCUUGUUAAUGAGGCCCUCUAUGUGUUUGAUAAUAUGGGCAAGUGUGGUCGUUCUCCGAGCUUGCGAUCUUGUAAUAGUUUGUUGAGUAGUUUGGUUAAGGACAGUCAGUACGAUAUGACUGUGAAUGUUUAUAAUCAGAUUGUUAGGAUUGGAAUCACCCCAGAUAUUUUUAUGUGUAGCAUAUUGGUUAAUGCAUAUUGUAAAGGUGGUAGAGUUGGGAAAGCUGUCACGUUUAUCAAAGAAAUGGAGUAUUUAGGUCUGGAGCCGAAUGUUGUGACGUAUCAUGGCUUGAUGAAUGGGUAUGUUAACCAAGGAGACAUGAUAGGAGCUAAAGGUGUUCUGACCUUGAUGGCUGAAAAGGGAAUCGCCGGAAACACAAUCACUUUAACCAUUUUGGUGAAGGGCUAUUGCAAACAGUAUAAUUUGAGGGAAGCAGAGCAUUUGCUAUGUGAAAUGAAGGAAUUGACGGCUGAUACUCAUUUGUAUGGUAUUUUGAUAGAUGGAUAUUGCCAGAUGGGUAAAAUGGAUGAUGCAGUUAGAAUCCGGGAUUACAUGUUGGGUUCUGGUUUGAAAAUGAAUCUGGUCAUAUGUAACUCCUUAGUAAAUGGUUAUUGCAAGAUUGGGCAACUUAACCUAGCCGAGUCAAUAAUUUUACAAAUGGUGGACUUGGGUUUGAAGCCUGAUUGUUAUAGUUUUAGUACUUUGAUAAAUGGGUAUUGUAGAGAAGGCCGCAUUCGUGAGGCAUUUAUUCUUUUUGACAAGAUGACCCACAAAGGGGUUGAACCCAAUGUUGUUACAUAUAAUAUUCUUCUUAAGGGUCUAUGUCGCGAAGGAGCAUUAGAGGAUACUAUGCAAGUUUGGCGUUUGAUGCUGAAAAGAGGAGUGACACCUAAUGAGGUUGGCUAUUGCACUUUGCUUGAUGGUCUCUUAAAAACGGAAAGGCUGGAUGAGGCUUUUAAACUGUGGAAAAAAAUGCUAGCCAAGGGGCUAGCCAAAAGUAGUAUUACAUUUAACACAAUGUUAAAUGGCCUGUGCAAAGCAGGGAAAAUGGCUGAAGCAGAGCUGAUUUUCCAGAAGAUGAUAGAUCUUGGGUGUCCCGCUGAUGAGAUGACAUAUAGAAUCCUUAAUAGUGGCUAUUGCGGAAUUGGACAUGUUGAACGAGCUUUUGAUAUUAAAGAUAUGAUGGAGAAGAAGCAUUUUUCUCCAUCUAUUGAAGUGUAUAAUUCUCUUAUUGAUGGUCUUUUUAAAAGUGGGAAAUCAUCUCAGGUGCCAGGUCUUGUUACUGAAGUGCAUAAAAGGAGUAUAUCCCCGAAUAUUGUCACCUAUGGUGCCCUGAUUGCAGGUUGGUGCAAACAAGGAUUGUUUGAUAAAGCAUUGAACGUGUAUGCGGAAAUGCUAAAGAAGGGGCUCAUACCAAAUGUAGUUAUAUGUUGCACUCUGGUGAGUGGACUUUACAAGUUUGGUAGGAUUCAUGAAGCAAAUAUAUGGCUGCAGAAAAUGGUCAGCUUAAUUUCUUCGAAUUGUGGAUCACUUGAGGAGCUUUGGACAACAGACCAAGCAAACCUAGAUGGACAUAAUAUUAUAGAUUCUAUUGACUCAAGGUUUAAUAGUCUACUUCCGAAUAACGUCAUCUAUAAUUUGGCUAUAUUAGGGCUUUGCAAAUCUGGGAAGCUUAAAGAUGCAAUGACAGUAUUCUCAUCUUUAUUGAAGAGAGGGUUUGUACCGGAUAAUUAUACGUACUGUGCUCUGAUUCAUAGACAAUCUAUUGCUGGUGAUUUAAAAGAAGCUUUUCAAUUACGUGAUGACAUGCUGGAAAAGGGUAUAAUUCCAAAUAUUACCAUCUAUAAUGCUCUUGUCAAUGGCCUGUGCAAGUCCAGGAAUAUAGACCGUGCAGUAAGGCUUUUUCAGAAGCUUAAACGGAAGGGCUUGGUUCCUAACGUUGUAACCUAUAACAUUUUAAUUAAUGGGUACUGCAACUUUGGCAAUACUAGUGAAGCGAUAAAACUCAAGCACAAAAUGGUUGAAGAAGGAAUUGUUCCUUCAGUUGUCACCUAUUCCGCCUUAAUUUGUGGCCUAUGUAAGAAAGGAGAUAUAGAGAAAGCAUUCGAGCUCUUGGACUACAUAAGUAACUUCGAUGAGGGUACUGAGCUUAGGACUUAUCAUGAUAUGGCUCUGAAUCAUGUGAGGAGUCGUGAUAUAGAGAAGAUCAUUGAACUUCAUGGGACAUUACAGAGCAAGCUCCGCGGACCUAGCAUUGAGUAUGCAAGUGAAGAUGAGUCAAUGGAAUCCUCUAGAUGUGAAUAAAAAGAAAUCCUCGAUGCAAAAGGGACAUUAGAGGCUGUUUGUUACUAAUUUAUGAAAAGAGCAAAACCACACAGGAGGUCUCCAUUUUUUAAUCCCCAACCACCACUUACCGCUUCAGCAAGAUCUUAACUAUAUUCUAUAAGGAUCCCAUGGACUGCUUCUGCAAAAAGCUGAUCCUGAGGCCUUGGAGAGAGUUGCCAAGGCUUGACCAAAGUUUAAUAAUUCUGGUCAUGCCAAUUGCCAAGAAGAUUUAACCUGGUAAUAAGCAAGAGAAAAGGAUUGAUAAAACAACAGCAACAACAAACCAGAACCUUAAUCCCAAAAACAAAAGAAGGAUGGAUAAGCAAAGAAACCUGAGUAGGAGACGUGCAAUAAAUUCGGAUUAGAAACCAAGUCUGUUGACGCUGGAGUAAUUGCGGUGUGCGCUUCAAGAAUAUAAAACACGUUGAUUUCUUAGUUCUUUAUACGGUUUAGUCUCCAGUUCCCUUCACUGAACACUCGAUCCGGAUCCUGUGCAAGGAGUUCUUUUCGCAUUUGCAGGAUAUGCAUUACAAGGGCAGACCUUUAUGCUGGAGAUUAAGAAGUGGAGAUUGAUGUUGAGGAAACCAGCAAAUUACAUGGCUUCUAGAGAUUGUGGAAAUCUUACUCACUCUACGAGCGUAUGUGAAUUAAAGUUUGCCAUUUUGCUCAUGUAAUAAUUCUGGUCAUCGUCGAUCCAUUUUGUGGUUAUCUUUUCGUUUUCGUUUUCUUUUUGGUUUUCAUGUUGGCUUAUUUCACAUAGUUCAGGUUGUGUCAGGGUUAUUUUAACUUUUUGAUCCAUUGAAAUUCAUUGGCUGAUACUCUGGGAAUUGAUAAUGAAUAAUUGAAGAUUAAAAGUUAUUCUACUGCUGAUGAAUUGAAAGUUCAAGAGAUGCAAAAUUUGAAAAUACUGUAGCAACGUAUAAAGUGCGUUACUAUGUGCUCCAUCUGCUGUAAUUUAAGUUAGGGCUGCAUUUUUUCAUGAAUGAUUUCUUUUGGGGGUUCCAGACCCCAGUAGCAUUAAGUUAUAACUCUUUUUUCUGUCAAAUCCUGUGUAUAUCUUUGAUGCCUCUUUUUAUACGCAAGAGAUGAGUGGGAAUUGCAGAAUGGGUUGUUUAGGUUUGAACUAUAGAGAUAUAAGGCAAGCGAUUUCAUUUGCUACUAAAUUUUGCAGCUUGUGCCAUUCAGAGAUGAAUUGGCUAUUCAAAGGUUUGGAAAGCACUAGGCUAUUCUACUUUAAUCUAUUUUAUGACACACAUUUAUAUGUCUAGAUGUCAAAGAUAUUGGAAGAAUUGGAUUACAAGUAACCUAGCUGGACUGUGAUCACAAUAUGAAGCAAGGUUUGUCUGACUCUGUUUGAGCACCUUGUUUACUUACUUUUGUUUUGGAUUCUGAUAUUUUCCAUCUUCUGGUUCCUGUUCCCUUUAAGCUAGCAAAUUCAUUUCUCCUAUUGGUGUAUGCCAUCAAUAUCAAUAUGACAAUAUCAAUAUGGAUAUGUUAUUUGACGUGUGUUUUCCUCCGAUAGCAUGUUUUAUAGCCUUUCAUUUGUCUUGAAGGAAAUGCUGUGAGAUCGUGGCUUGCAUCCGGCAUAGCGAGCUUCAGUGAAGAGAACAAGAACAACUCACGCUCACACUCACACGAUAGGCAGUGAGUGCUGAAAUAAUUUCGCACAUUAAUUAUGGGUGCUCGGCUACUUGAUACAUCCUAUAACUUUGCUUUCUACAAUAUUUGUAUACCAGAGUCAUAUAGAUAUGACCAUGGAAUAUUACGUAGUCGAUUUAAAGGCCUUACCUUUUAUCUGCUUUUUCUAAAGAUCAAGAGUGGUGUGGCUCGUGGCUUGAGAUACCAAAUUUGCACCUCUUUUACAAUUUCAUACACUUUGAAGCUUAUUUCUAAGUAUUUGUUUAACAUUAUAAUGCUAUGUCAGCUUUGCCAGUUGUGAAUGUUGUUUAGAUUUUGAAGGAACUAUCAUCUUCGCUCAUUUGAUGAUCUUUUGAUAUUUUAAGUUAUAAGAUUAUUGGUAUUUCAUUGGAA